AUGGGAUUUCAUAUGCAUCCUAUCAUGAGUGAAGAAAACGACUGUACUGGCGAUGAAUCACAACUAAAGAAGGCGAACUAUUUCGGACGACUUUCUGAAAUGUUCAUUGAACAGCGAAUACUCAAGAAACCAGGUGACUAUGUGAUUUCUCGUACACAUGAUGAUAUUUUUCGGUUCUCAGUAAUGUCAGACGAGCAUGAAAUAUAUCAUUUAUUGAUUGUCAAAUUUUGUGAAACAUAUACUUUCGAAAAUUCCAUUUAUCCGUUAGCUGUUUCUGUAGCUGAAUUAAUUCAGAAAUGUAUUCAAAGUCCUAUGAAUGUAUUGUCGGCAAUACUGGGAACAAAUGUUAUACUACGUUACUUCGUCAAUUCAAACGUGGAAGAUAAAAAUGAUUAUAGCUUAUCAGGAUUAUUCCUGCGAGAGAAUGAUAUCAUUAGUACAGAGAGUCUCAUCUCGAAAGGGACAAUUGCUGAUUGUUUUCUCGGUAGUUUGCAUACAUUGAACAAAUGUGAACAGGUGGUAAUUAAAGUAAUGCACAAAUAUGAUCAUAAUGAACUCAAUAAUAUUUGUCGGGAGUUGCAUAUUUCGAAUUUAUUGCGCCGAUCCAAUGAUUCGGUGGUAUCAGUGCAGUCAGUACAAAUUUUUCAUUCACCGUAUAUGAUUAUUUAUCCAUUCAUGAACUAUGGUUCCUAUCCGGAUUUUGUUCAACGUAUGGGAUCGCAACUUACUUUUAUGGAUAAGUUAGAAACUGCAGAAACAAUAGCGCAAGCCUUAUCUGACAUGCACUUUCUUGGAUUAUUGCACUGCAACAUUGGAGCUAGAAAUAUAUUUGUGAGGAAAGAAAUGAUUAAUAAUUCAAAGGUUAUCAAUUAUCAUUCCCAACACGGUUACAAAUACUAUUUGGGUGAUUUUCGUGAGUCUCAUAUUGGAAAGAUCAAAAAAAUAAAUCCUGAAAAACCGAUAAAUAUUCGUUGGCUUGCACCAGAAGUAUUCAACACGAAACAAAUAACAGAAGCUACCGAUGUCUUUGCAUUUGGCAUUACACUUUACGAAAUUUUUACCGGAAAUUUACCGUAUUUUUCGAUGAAUUCCGAUGAGAUUCGAGUUAAACUGAUAGCUGGAUAUAGGAUAAGACCCAGAACACAUGAUAUUAAGUUACCACGGAAGAUUAUAAAGUUAAUGAGACGUUGUUGGCAUACAGAGGUCAAUGAGCGUCCAACAAUGGAUGGUGUUUGGCUACAAUUAAAAGCAAUUUGGAAUAGUAUAAUUGCUGAACAAAAAUAUUCUGAAUAUAAUUUUCAUGGGAAGAGUUGA